ACUGAAUCUAUUCCACGGAUUGUUUCAUGAGGCUGGAUGGACUGGAGGCUUGACGUGGAUGCCGAAAGCGGCUUAGGCGGCGAGGCCUGCUGCGCCCAUCCAGAGCUUCAACCCGGCCGCCUCCAGAAGGCCGCACAAGCGUCAAACAUCAUCGUUCCGAGUUCAGCCAUCUCUCCUUUCAUCCCAGCUUUUUCGCGCCAUAUAUUGUAUCCCAACUCCAGCCGGCCAUCGUUCUAUCGCCGAAGUAGCCCUCUCAUCGACCUGCCCUCUCAGGUAAACCUCCACUUCGCUAUCUCUCUAUUGGCACAUCAAGCCGCAACGACAUAAUGAAGCCUGUCGUAUCUUCAUUGAACGCCUGGUCCUGCGUUGUCAUCUCCCUCUUCGCCAUUGUUAUCCUCUCCGUCCUUGGGUCGCUAUUCAAGAGCGAACACCACGGAUUCACCGGCUCAGAAGGUGAGCCGGAGGACGGCGGAGCCGUUGCCGCCUCGAUAUUUACUGCUGUGAUUAUCUACGCUGGAUUCUUUGUUUUCUGCGCCUUCCAGGCCUACCUACACAUCCGAGCCCGCCGGGGCGGUGCCAUAUCACUGAAUUAAGCGCCUUUCGCUCGUUUAUGCCAUCUUAUUUCUUCGCACGAUUUAUCUGGGAUGAGCCGGGAGGUAGAAUUCCCGGCUUGGGUAUAUGGGGUCUGAUGCCACGCGCCUUAGAGCGUCGUGGGGUUUCUGAGAAUCGUCCUUGGAUGGAUCCUUCAGUAUUCCAAAUCGAUGAUUAGGUUUCUUUUUGCUGUUCGAGAGCAACACAUGGUCACUAUCGCUAUAAUUCUACAGAUUAACUCUAGGCCAUAGAGAAGCGUGGUCUCUUUCAACGACAGCUGGUAUGCUCUUAGAAAGGACGCGAUUUGCUCUACGCGCACACUGCAUGUAUAUACCGUUUUGGCUUUGAUAGAAACAAUCUGAAUUCCCUC